CGUGACUUACGUGGUUGUUCUUGCCCUUUCUUCUCGGAAGCAUUUUGGCUUGCACUUCCCAAAGACUCUCGCAUCGCAGGUUUCGUUGGUUUGCUGUUGUUGCUGUCCACAAUCUUUCCUGCCGCUGACAACAUCCAUCUAUCUUUUCCGUCUUCAAAACAAAGCAAAGAAGAAAAAGACAAUGGCAGAAACAGACGGCAACUCUUAUGAACCAGUUUCAAUUGGUGUACUCGGCUGUGGCACCAUUGCCUCGGCACUGAUUACGGGAAUGUGCAAGACCCAAGCCAAGGCAGAUCCAAGCAUUCCUGUCAUAUCCAGGAUAUCCCUGUCGAGACGAUCUGAAAAGAAAUCAGCUGCACUCAAGGAAGCUUAUCCAGAUCUUGUGACUGUGUAUGACGACAAUCAAAAGGUGUUGGACACUUGUGAUUUGGUUUUUCUGUGCGUCCUCAAUAACCAGACUGCUACGGUCCUGGAGCCACUCCAGUUUGAUAAUCAACGCCAUACUCUGGUUUCCAUGGUGGCCACAAGCAAAUUGGAUAUGCUAACUGAAGCAACCAAGUUGAACCCUGAAAGAGUUUUCAAAAUGAUCUGCUUGCCAUCGGCUGCCAAGCAAGAAGGCUGCGCCUUGAUUGUCCCCAAAGUUGGAGCCACAGAAAAGGCUGCCAAUCCCACAAUUUCCACCAUUCAUUGCAUGCUGGAUUUAUUGGGCGGGUUUGUCGAGUGUGAGACUGAGGAAAUCAUGGAUGUUAUGAUUACACCCACCUGUUUGAUGGGGCCCUUGUACGGCAUUCUUCGACAGAACCAAGAAUGGCUCGUGAAAAAGGGUGUCCCAGCCAAGGACGCCACUUAUUUUGUAGGACGACAGUAUUGGUCCAUGAUGCAAGAUGCCGAACGGGGAUGUCAAAAGGAUCCCAAUCACUUUGAGGAACUAGUGGCAGAACAAACCCCGGGCGGAUUGAACGAGCAGGCAUUGAGAAACUUGACACAGUUAGGUAUCUAUGGUGCAUAUGACCAGGCUAUGGAGGCCGUGCUUUCUCGACUUCAUGGGGACUCGGAUGGAUCCUUGCCGACCACCAAAGAAAACGGAAUAAAGAAGGAGACAUAAAUCUCCUAAACCAAAUCCUAUAGAACAUGAUUUGAUUCCU